UGGCCAUUCCCUAUUUCUUCUCCGGAUCAUCUCUGCUCUGCUACAGAGAGAGAUCAUCGGACGGAGGCAUCGUAGCAGCAUACUGCAGAGCUAGGGUUUCUGCGCCCUCGCUCCGUUUCUCUUCCUUCUUCACGCCCUUGCUCACAUGAGUUGCGGUUUCGCACGCUGCCGAGACUCGCUCGGAAGCCGAAUUUGAAGUGCGCUGGUGGGGUGGGAGAAGCGGAUCGUAUCGUAGAGAGCUCGGGCAGAGCCAAUGGCGUGCGUGUACAUACCCGUGCAGAACUCGGAGGAGGAGGUCCGGGUGGCCCUCGACCAGCUCCCCCGGGACGCUUCCGACAUCCUCGACAUCCUCAAGGCCGAGCAAGCGCCGCUCGAUCUCUGGCUAGUCAUCGCGAGAGAGUACUUUAAGCAAGGGAAGAUCGACCAGUUUCGACAAAUUCUGGAAGAAGGCUCAAGUCCCGAGAUUGAUGAGUAUUAUGCUGAUGUGAGGUAUGAGAGGAUAGCGAUUCUCAAUGCUUUGGGGGCUUAUUACAGCUACCUCGGGAAAAUUGAGACCAAACAGAGAGAAAAGGAGGAACAUUUUAUUUUAGCGACCCAGUACUACAAUAAGGCAUCGAGAAUCGAUAUGCACGAGCCUUCAACUUGGGUUGGAAAAGGUCAACUCUUACUUGCCAAAGGCGAAGUAGAACAGGCAUUUGCUGCAUUUAAGAUUGUGCUAGAUGGAGAUCGGGAUAACGUUCCUGCUCUUCUUGGUCAGGCAUGUGUCGAGUUCAAUCGUGGACGGUAUUCUGAUUCCUUGGAGUUGUAUAAGAGGGCGUUGCAAGUCCACCCUGAUUGUCCUGGAGCUGUAAGACUUGGCAUAGGUCUCUGUCGCUAUAAGUUGGGCCAAUUAGAGAAAGCUAGGCAGGCAUUUCAACGGGUUCUGCAGUUAGACCCGGAAAAUGUUGAGGCCCUUGUUGCACUUGCAAUUAUGGAUAUGCGUACAAACAAAGCGGGUGGAAUUAGGAGAGGAGUGGAAAAGAUGCACAGGGCGUUCGAGAUAUACCCUUACUGUGCAAUGGCAUUGAAUUAUCUAGCAAACCACUUCUUCUUCACCGGGCAACACUUUUUGGUUGAGCAAUUGACAGAGACUGCCCUUGCAGUGACCAAUCAUGGGCCAACAAAGUCACAUUCUUAUUAUAAUCUAGCAAGAUCUUACCACAGCAAGGGGGACUACGAAAAAGCAGGUCUCUACUAUAUGGCUUCUGUCAAGGAAAUCAACAAGCCACAUGCAUUUAUUUUUCCUUAUUAUGGUCUUGGUCAAGUACAACUCAAGUUGGGAGAUUUCAGAAGUUCUUUGUCAAAUUUUGAAAAGGUUUUGGAGGUAUAUCCUGAUAAUUGUGAGACAUUAAGAGUUCUUGGGCACAUAUAUGUGCAACUCGGGCAGAUGGAAAAGGGACAGGAGUUUAUGAGGAAGGCAACAAAGGUUGAUCCACGUGAUGCCCAGGCAUUUCUUGAUCUGGGAGAAUUGUUGAUAUCAUCUGACACUGGCGCUGCUUUAGAUGCCUUCAAGACAGCUCGUGGUCUACUGAAAAGGGGUGGCCUAGAAGUGCCGGUAGAGUUGCUCAAUAAUAUUGGAGUUAUCCACUUUGAAAGGGGAGAGCUUGAGCUUGCUGAACAAAGUCUCAAGGAGGCAGUUGGUGAUGGCAUAUGGCGUUCUUUCAUUGAGGGAAAAGUGAAUGUCGGCGCUGCUGAUGCUACUGCAUGCAAUCGUAUUUACAAGGAUGUGCAAAUAUUUACACAACUUGAAGCAGAUAAUGUAAACCUAGAAUUGCCUUGGAAUAAAGUGACAGCACUUUUCAAUCUGGCAAGAUUACUGGAGCAGCUGCACAAAAUGGAAAUUGCAAGUAUAUUAUAUAGAUUGAUAAUAUACAAGUAUCCUGACUAUAUAGAUGCAUAUCUUAGGCUUGCUGCCAUCUCAAAAGCUCGGAAUAACAUUCAAUUAAGCAUUGAACUGGUUAAUGAUGCCUUGAAAGUGAAUGAGAAGUGUCCAAAUGCAUUGUCCAUGCUUGGAGAACUAGAGCUUAAAAAUGAUGACUGGGUCAAGGCAAAAGAAACAUUUCGAGCUGCUAGUGAAGCAGCUGAUGGGAAGGAUUCUUAUUCGACACUCUCUCUGGGGAACUGGAACUAUUUUGCUGCAAUGCGCAAUGAGAAGAGGGCACCGAAGCUAGAAGCCACUCAUUUGGAGAAAGCAAAGGAGCUUUAUACCAAAGUUCUAGUUCAGCAUAAUUCUAACUUAUAUGCUGCCAAUGGUGCUGGAGUGGUCUUGGCCGAGAAGGGGCAGUUCGAUGUUUCAAAAGAUAUGUUCACACAGGUUCAAGAAGCUGCAAGUGGAAGUAUAUUUAUUCAGUUGCCUGACGUGUGGAUCAAUAUAGCACAUGUUUAUUUUGCUCAAGGAAACUUCCCAUUGGCCGUGAAAAUGUAUCAAAAUUGCUUGCGGAAGUUUUAUCACGACACAGACUCUCAUAUUCUUCUUUAUUUGGCGCGCACUCAUUAUGAAGCUGAACAGUGGCAAGACUGCAAGAAAACUUUGUUAAGGGCCAUCCACUUGUCACCUGCAAAUUAUGUAUUAAGGUUUGAUGCUGGUGUUGCAAUGCAGAAAUUCUCAGCAUCGACACUGCAAAAAUCAAAGAGAACGGCAGAUGAGGUGCGUUCAGCAGUUGCUGAGCUUGAGAAUGCUGUCCGCGUGUUUAGUCAAAUGGCUGCCGGUGCCAAUCUUCAUUAUCAUGGGUUUGAUGAGAAGAAAAUUGAUACACAUGUUGGAUAUUGUAAGCACUUACUUGAGGCUGCAAAAGUUCACUGUGAGGCAGCUCAGCGUGAGGAAGAGCAGGCACGGCAAAGGCAAGAACUUGCGCGUCAGCUUGCACUGGCUGAGGAAGCCCGCCGGAAGGCUGAGGAACAGAGGAAGAAGCAGUUGGAAAAGAGAAAACUGGAGGAUGAGCAGAAGCGGGUUCAGCAACAAGAGGAGCACUUCCGGCGUGUAAAGGAACAAUGGAAGAGUAGCACAUCUGCUUCUAAGCGGAGGGAAAGGUCUGAUGCCGAUGAUGAAGAGGGUGGGCAUAGCGAGAAGAGGAGGAGAAAAGGUGGUAAGAGAAGAAGGAAGGAGAGAAGUUCAAAGUCCCAAUAUGAGAUGGAGGAAGCAGAAGUUGACGAUCAGGAAUAUGAAGAUGCCCCCUUAAAUUAUGGGGAGCCUGCUGAUCAAAUGCAUGAUCAGGAUGACAAUGCUGAAGAAAAUGCCCAGGAUGUACUUGCAGCAGCUGGGCUCGAAGAUUCUGAUGCUGAAGAUGAGGGUGUGCCUCCACCAAAUGCAAGUAGACGGAGGAAAGCAUGGUCAGAAUCAGACGAGGAGGAGGAGGAGCGACGGCCGGAAAGCAGCCCGGUCAGAGAGAAUUCUGCAGAGCUUCAAGAGAGCGAUGGGGAAUUUGGGGCGGAUAACGAGAAGCCGAAUCAAGACGAAGCAGUUGAGGAUGAAGAUUAGACCACAUUUCAACCCAAUCGCCGGACUGGACACAGUUGGUCCUUCUGUCCUGAAAGAGAUCCUCUCUUUUAGUUCCUUUAGUAGGGAAAAUCCUUUGCAACUGGGUAUCACUGUGUUGUCUGUAUAACAUCAUCCAUCUUUUUCGCCGAUCCCCAGUCUAUUUUUACCUGGCAACAUUUUCUUCAUAGAUUAAUUUGAUGAUCCCCAUCGAUCAACACAAACAAAUUUGUCAUA